UCAGCGUCUGGCUAUUUUGCGCGUUCACGUUUCACUUUGCGGCAUACAAACAAAAACACAGCAAUCGAAAUAAAAAACGUGUUCAAAAUUAUGCGUGGGGCCGCACAGCACAACACGCGCUGGACUUGAAAGUUAACCCAGUGAACAUUUUUGUGGGCAUUGAAAAUACCCUGAAAUUGUAUGCUCCAAUUCUUUUCAAACCUAGCCUGGCAUACAUCAUAUCUAAGUUCUUAUUGGCUGGUGAAUAGUAAUAGAAAUGCAGCUGGAGACAACUUUAACAGUUUUUGUUUAGAUUGGCGAUCCGUUUGUUUGCUGGGCACGUGUCUCCAUACACAGACGAUCGUCGGCCCCAAGCUCCAAAUAAAAAAAAUAAAAAAAACAAAGCGAGUUGCCGGCGCGACUUCUCUUCCAUGCGCUCUCCGAUUCCGAUUCCGAUUCUGGCUCUCUCUCUCUCUCUCUCUGUCCUAUGCUCUGCUUGUAUCGUGCGUCUUCUACGCGCUCUCUUGUGCUCCGACAGUCAAAAACUUCAUGACUUCGACGCCGAUGGAAUCAUUCAGCUUUUGCAUUUCCAUUGAAGCGGCUGCAUUCUGAAGUGCUGCAGAAACUAGUAAAAAGAAAGAUAAGUGAAACGUGACUAAGUCGAGAACUGUUGUUUUUGUUCUAAGCUGUUAAAGUUACUUGCGACCGAUUUGCCUUUGCACAUGUUUCAAAUUGUGUGAUGCCAGUACGUUCUGCUAAUCCGAUACGCGCUAGAAGUUUGAUCCGAGACAAUUUGGAGAAACAGGCUGGUUGUCUAAAUCUAAUACACUCCAGAAUGCCAAACAUUAAAGUGUUUUCGGGCACCUCGCAUCCGGAUUUGGCGCAGCGUAUUGUCGAUCGCCUUGGCAUCGACCUGGGCAAAGUGGUCACCAAGAAGUUUAGCAAUUUGGAAACAUGCGUCGAGAUCGGAGAAUCGGUGCGCGGCGAAGAUGUUUAUAUCGUGCAGUCCGGUUCCGGGGAGAUCAAUGAUAAUUUAAUGGAGCUGCUGAUCAUGAUAAAUGCAUGCAAAAUAGCAUCAGCCUCUCGUGUUACAGCUGUGAUUCCUUGCUUUCCAUAUGCCCGCCAAGACAAAAAAGAUAAGUUGUCGGGCAGUGAGGAGAAAGACGAAAGCAAGAAACUUGCCAAGAAAAACUUCGAUUGGAAAUUUAGGAGCCGUGCGCCCAUCUCGGCGAAAUUGGUCGCUAAUAUGCUAUCAGUGGCCGGUGCGGAUCAUAUUAUAACCAUGGAUCUACAUGCCUCACAGAUUCAGGGUUUCUUCGAUAUACCAGUUGAUAAUCUCUAUGCCGAGCCGGCGGUACUAAAAUGGAUCAAAGAGAACAUUCCCGAAUGGAAAAAUUCGAUUAUCGUAUCGCCAGAUGCCGGCGGCGCCAAGCGUGUCACCUCCAUAGCGGAUCGCUUGAACGUGGAGUUCGCGCUGAUACACAAGGAGCGCAAGAAGGCCAACGAGGUGGCCUCCAUGGUGCUCGUCGGUGAUGUUAAGGAUAAGAUUGCCAUAUUGGUCGACGAUAUGGCCGAUACAUGCGGCACCAUUGUCCAUGCCGCCGAUCGUCUCGUCGAAGCAGGCGCUACCAAGGUGUAUGCCAUACUGACGCACGGCAUUUUCUCGGGUCCGGCGAUUUCACGCAUUAACAAUGCCUGCUUCGAGGCGGUCGUUGUGACCAAUACCAUACCACAGGAUGGGCAUAUGCGUGAUUGUCCCAAAAUACAGUGCAUUGAUGUGUCCAUGAUGUUCGCCGAGGCAGUUAGACGGACACACAAUGGCGAGAGUGUCUCGUAUCUCUUCUCAAAUGUUCCAUAUUAAGCGUUAAAUCCAAAUGCAGCAACAACUAAUACAACAACAACAACAACCACCAUAACAAAAACAACAACAACAACAUUAGCAUAAACAACAAACAACAACAACAAACCAAUCAAUUUUCAAUUCGCAGCAUCUUUUGCCAUCAUUCAUCGUUAUAUAUUUUGUAUUAUCUACUAUCAGAUAAACAACAACAACAACAACAACAACAACAACAAAACACUAAUCGUCAUUAUGUAAUUAUAUAAAGUAGCAUAAAGUACAUAACAACAACAACAACAACAACAAUUGCACACUUAAUUGCCUUCUUUUUGUCUAGAAACAAAAACUAAAAAAAAAAUGAGCCACAUUUUUGAUUUGUUAAAUUUUUUUCGUAAAUUAAUUGAAUAUCGCAUUUUGUAAAAGAUUAUCAGCUCUUAGAGAGAAAGUUAGUUGUAUAGAUUAUGUAGUAAAAGAUACACAACUACACACACACACACACACACACACACACACACACACCGACACACACACACAUGCACACACAACCACACACAAGAAUUGUAAUUUUACACUGUGCAACAAGAACUUUUUGAUGUUUCCUUAACAUAAGUUUUGAUGCGAAAAUGCUUGCAAGUUCAAAACAAACAAAAAUUUUAGUAAAUUUAAGUAAAUAAGUAUACAAAAAAGAAACACAAUUGAAAAG